CUCAACAAAUUCAUAUAUAGCCAUGACCAUUCUGCGUUGAACAAAACAUACACAUUAUUACACAAAAAAACACCAUCACCAUGAACAUUGAAAACUUCUCAUACAACCCUACAACAACAACAACCUUAAAUCUUCCGAAACACAACCCAUACUUCUCAUUUCAUCAAACAUCUCUCGAAGGAAUCGCCGCGGUUGUCGGAGAACAAAUCCUCUUCGGACCCCACCACACCAAAACAACACCACCAUCCACCACCGUUUCACAUCCCAAAGCCACAACAACAGACCCAACAAAAACAAACACCAACACCAUUCCAUUGAACAAGAACUACAGAGGAGUUAGAAAACGACCAUGGGGAAGAUGGUCAGCGGAAAUCCGCGACAGAAUCGGCCGGUGCCGUCACUGGCUAGGAACAUUCGACACUGCCGAAGAAGCGGCGCGUGCUUACGACGCAGCAGCCAGGCGUCUGAGAGGCUCUAAGGCUAGGACAAACUUUAAGAUACCGUCGGUUUUGCCUAUACCGUUAUCACCAAACUCGAAUGAGUCUUGUUCUUCUUCUGAAACUAACGGUAAGAAAAAGGUAGUGCGGAACAGUGUUAGGAAGUGUUGUGUUGUUAGUUCUGUUGGUGAGUUGUUCAGUGGUGUACCUGAAGUUCGAAGAGAAAGGGAUAGUAAUGGUAAUGGAGUAGAAUUUGGUGGUAGGAACAGUACUGGAAUGGUGGUGUAGGUUGAAACAGUAUGCUACUAGAACUAAGGUUUUUUUUUAUUCUUAGCCUUUGUUUUUUCUUGUUGGGAAUGUUUGGGUUUUUUUUUUUUUUUUUUUUAUGAUAAAAGGGUAUUAUGGGAAUUCGGUUCUCUAAAGUUGAAGAUUCACAUUCAUGCAUUCAAGAUAUGUUGUUUGAUGGUAUGAAUGGAAAAAAUCCUAGGGUUGUUGAGAUGGAUUCAUGGGAUAGUUGUUAAUUUGGGUAUGAAUUAAUAUGUGCAUUAAUGUGAUGUAUAUUAUGUACUAUGUACUAGUACUUGAGUGAAUGGAAGAAGCUUAAGAAUUGUAAUGGAAGAAUGACUUUGUUUUAUGAGAA